AUGUCAGUAUCAGCAUUAAUUGUAGUUGACAUUCAAAAUGAUUUCCUUCCAGGUGGAUCCCUCGCUGUCCCACACGGCGAUGAAAUUAUUCAGCCGGUGAUCAAAUUGAUGGAGGACCCUAACCGCAAGUGGCACCGUAUUAUUCUCACAAGAGAUUGGCACACAUCGGACCACAUUUCGUUUGCUAGAACCCACAAGAAACCGGAUUUCUCUCCAAUUACUUACCAUUCGGUGAUUCCAGACGACAAUGCAACCCAGGAGGGAACUCUAUGGCCUGUCCACUGCGUUCAGCAGACUCAUGGGGCCCAGCUUGCCGAUGCUAUCGCAGAUGAGCAAAAGAAGCUAGGUUGCCGUAUCGUCGACAAGGGCUAUCUCUCAGACCGUGAAUACUAUUCGGCUUUCAGUGAUAUUUGGAACUAUCACCGCACAGAGCUCAACAAUUACCUCGACAGUCACCAUAUUACCGACGUCUACGUCGUUGGGCUAGCCUUAGAUUUCUGCGUCAAGCAUACAGCACUUUCAGCUGCCAAGCGUGGCUACAACACUUAUAUUCUCAAGGACUAUACAAGGGCUAUUCACAGUGACCCAGAAUCUAUGAAAGCUCUUGAGAAAGAACUCAAGGAGAAUAACGUGCAACUCAUCUAA